AUGGUCUCCAAGAAAGCGUCGGCGAGGCCUCCCUCAGGCAUAAUUGGCGACUUCAAGGUUCGCAAUAAGCAGAAGCGUCAACUUCUUCACAUCAAACGAAAGCGCGCCAAAGAUGCGGCUCGCCGGGCUCAGAGAUUCAGCACGAAGAAGGAAGAGGCUAAAAAUCCUAAGUUAAAGGAGGAACGACUUAAGCGAAACAUUCCCUUGACCUUGGAGCGGAAGCGUGUAUGGGAUGAUGCCGGCAGCGACGUUGAGGAACCCUUAGGGCUGAGUGUCGAUGUCGAGCGGAUAAAGAGACUGAAGCAAGAGGAAGAUGAAGAACUCAAUCGCCCGUUGGAUUCGGGCUCAGAGGAUCGCCACAGUGAGGAUAAUGGUAGUGACGAGGAAGAUGACGAGGACGAUCUCGACAGCAUGUUAGCUAGUAGCGACGAAGAAGACGAAGGCGACGAGGGUAAAGAGAGCAAAAAGGACAGCCGCGGCCGCAAACCUUCCGCUAUUCCCUCAGCAACGGAACGUGCAACAAGCCCAUCCCAAUCAACAAAAAGCACGAAUUUGAAUUUAGCUCCGGAAGCGCUCGCUGCGAAAUUCCCAUCUCUCUUCUCUCCAGACUCGCAACGACCUCCGAAAAUCCUUAUUACAACAUCCCUCAACUCAACCCUUCACCACGAAGCCGAAAUCCUUACUCAACUCUUCCCCAACAGCGUCUACAUUCGGCGUACGGCGCACGCCCACGCCCACAAAUUUUCCAUCCGCGAGAUCGCCAAAUUCGCCUCCAACCGCGAAUACACCACGUUAAUCAUCCUACAGGAGGACUCGAAAAAGCCGGCCGGCCUGGACAUCGUCCACCUUCCGAAGGGCCCCAUGUUCCACUUCAGCAUCAGCAACUGGGUCGAAGGCAAGAAGAUACCCGGCCACGGAAAGCCAACCGAACAUUGGCCAGAGCUUAUCCUGAAUAAUUUCCGCACACCGCUCGGUCUUCUCACCGCACAUCUCUUUCGCACGUUAUUCCCGCCACAGCCGGAUAUCGAGGGCCGACAGGUCGUCACUCUCCACAACCAACGUGACUACAUAUUUGUGCGUCGGCACCGCUACGUGUUCCGCGAGAAGCGGGAAACUGAAAAGGCCGUUGUGGGUGCGGACGGGAAGGAGAUUAAGGGGGCGGAGGGGAUCCGGACGGGUCUCCAGGAGCUGGGCCCUCGGUUCACAUUGAAGCUGCGCCGUGUUGACAAAGGUAUCCAGAGGGCGAGUGGACAGGAGUGGGAAUGGAAAGGGAAGAUGGAGAAGAAGAGGACUUUGUUCCAGUUGUGA